UCACUUUUUUGUGCUAAAAAAGAAUUGAUGAAAAAUAAAAUUCUCCGUGUUUUUCUUGCAAUUUCUCCGUGAAAAAGUGCGAAAAAGAAGGGAAAAAUAGUGAAAAUCUCUGGAGGAAGACACGGGGCAAUGCCUAAGCAUUGCAUUGUGUGGUUGAGUUGAGAUUGAGGUGCUGAAGAAGUAAUAUGGAUGGGCAGCAUGAUGAUGUUGAUUUGGGGGUGGAACAAAGAAAUUUGCAUAUGCGAAAUUCCAGACACCAUGUGAGCGUAACAUCCCUCAGUGAUGAUUCCGGCUUCUCCGGGCUCCCCCAUACAAGUAGUUCCAUCUCCAGCGGGGAUUCCAGUCGCGUGGGGCCGUGCAAGUUUGAAUUUGAGCUUGUUGAGAGUGACGGUGAGUUUGACUCCCUGGACAACUGCUCAGAUGGUGGAAUGAGUGCGGAGAAUUUCAAUACACUCAAAAAGGGACCCUUGGCACCAAUUGAUCCACCACCAGAGUUCCAGGACUCACCACAGACCACCCUUUUGCGUUCACCAAUCAUCCAAGACUUUGCCAAUACUCUCACGGAGGAUAUUAUAAGUGAGGCUGCUGCAGCAUGCUCCCGAAUUCAAAUUUCCGAAGACUCCGAGCCCACCUACAGUGACUACUAUGCCCAGUUUGAUACACUCAAGAAACCCCCGAAGAGCACCCUUGGGGACCGCGUGAAGGUCACUCCGCAAAUCUACGCAAGUGACACAGUUCUCAAUACGUACGAUUACACCGAGGAUAACAUCUACGACGAACCCAACGGGGAACUCCUCACGUCCUCCACUUCUGACAUGGAGGCAUGCAAUAAUCACCACAUCUACCGGAACUACCUGCUCGUCCCGCAUCGCACCAAGGACACCGAUUCCGAAUCACCCAUUCGCGAUUGUCCCAGCCAUAGUCUCAGAGUCCCCACAACACCCUGCGGGAGCUGCUACAGGCGAAAGACUCCGCCAAAGGCAAGCCUCUACAGCCCCCUUCAUCACACUGGAAGCAAUUUGAGCACGGGGAAUCGCCCAAACUCCCGGAAUUCCCUCACAAGUCGCCUCUCGAGUUCGCACAAUAGUCUCAGUAUGAGCGCCUCCAAGGCUGAUGAUUCCAGCUUCAUUACUCAGGCCAUGUCUCACGACGCCCUUACGGGACGCGAGAUAUCCGAUUUCUACAAUGUGCCAAUUGAUUCGGAUGUGUAUGCCCUACCCAUUGAUAUGGUGCGUCCGGGUGCAGCGGCUCCGGACAUCCGAAGCUCAGCCAAAUCGCGCAAUCGUCUCAAGUACGUGCGGAACAAUAAGAAGCGUCGGAAAGAGGAUAAAGUUCGAACUGCCGCAAAGGCGUCAAAAGCAAUCGACAAGCGUCACAGUGUGCCAGAUAGUUGCAUUCAGACGGAAUCAAAGCGUCUCCUUCACAAUCUCUACGCAAAUUCGAGUGAUUCCAGCGAUGCUACCAUCCGGAAGCCUCGUGUUAUCCCAUGGGGUCGUAUGAAGUGCUCCGAAACGAGUGUUCAGCUCUCGGGGCACUCACAGGUACUCGCAGGAAGUGCCACAACCACCAAGGCGUCCUCCCAAUCGGCCACGGUGAAGAGUUCCACCGCCAAGAAGGCCAGCAGUGAGAAUGUUCUCAAUAACAACAAUAAUCUUUCGGGGAAGAUGGGAAAAUUUGCUGGGCACCACAAGAAACCCCAAUUUUCCAUUCCUUUGAAUCUCAAACAAAAAUUCUGCAGUAUCUUCCGCUUCCGGAAGUCGCAGCAGAAGCAGCAGCGGAGCAAUGUUGGUGUCCACAAUAACAAUCACGGCGAGAAUUGGGAUUAUGAGAAUCAACAGAAUGGCCCAGCAAAGGGGGAAUCGAAGAAGAAGAUUAUACUGCGGGCACUGCCUCCACUUCCAGGUCGAGAUUCAGCGGAAACAACAAACACAAAUCCCGCAAAUGAGGGCGGAAAUGUAAGCGAAGAGGAAACAUCCGUGGAUGAUGGGCUUGUGAAGAUGGAUUUUACAUCCAGCAUUGAGAAGAUAAAGCAGUAUGGGUGGUAUUGGGGCCCAAUUUCCAGCGAAGCAGCCGAAAGGAUUCUAUCAAAUGAGCCCGAUGGGAGUUUUAUUGUGCGUGACAGUUCAGAUGAUCACUACAUAUUCUCACUCACAUUCAAACUCAAUCGCUGCGUGCGACACGUGAGGAUUGAACAGGAUCAGGGAACAUUCUCAUUUGGCUCCUUUGCGAAAUUCAAAUCACGCACAAUUGUGGAGUUUAUUGAAAAGGCAGUUGAACACUCAAGGAGCGGAAGGUAUCUUUUCUUCUUGCAUCGAAGACCAGAACAUGGACCAAUGCGUGUGCAAUUAACGAAUCCCGUGUCUAGAUUUAAGCAUGUACAAAGUUUACAACACAUGUGCAGAUUUGUAAUUCUCAAGGCUGUUGUAAGGAAGGACUUGAUCCAAACACUCCCACUUCCUAGAAGGAUCAUAGACUAUUUGAGCUACAAGAAUGUCUAUUCGGAACAAAUAGAGAGCGAUAGUUCUACAUCUCAGGUAAGAAUCUUACAAAAAAAAAACAUUCGUUUAAUUAAAUAUUUAUUCUCAUUCACAUUUUAUUUUCAAAUAGGCUUCAAAUGGUCAAUCGUGAAAUUCCUCUUAAUAGUCCUUUUAUUAGAAAGAAAAAAAAAGGAAAGAAAAUCUCUUUUGCAAUGAUUAGUAAAAAAAAAAUGGAGACAUAAAAAUCAUUUUAGGUGCUACACUUUAUGAAUUAAAUGUUGAAACAACUUCUAAAAAUGAUAAAUUCUUGGAGAAACUCACAAGAAGAUCAAUUUGCAAUACCAAAUGUUUUAUUCUUUUUAUUUUAAUAUUUCUCUUUGCUUUUUUUAGUUGUAUAAAUUCUUGUUUUUUUUGUGGAAUAGAAAAUACAUUAGUAGGAGUAAGCUAUUGGUGAAAAUAAUAGAAGAAAACUCCAAGGAGAAAAUAUUAAAUAGAAAUAUAGAAAUUGUAGAAGAUAAAAAGAGAAAAGAAUAAUUGAAGUGCAUCUUUUAAAAUGUAAAAAAAAGAAAUUGAUGUUUUAUUAGUGUGCAAAAAAAAACGUGUGUCGGUGUCUUUUUUACGAUGAUGAUUGAUUAUUUGGAAUCAACAUUAUGAGAAGGAUACAGGAAUUUUUCAUUAAAUUAUAUAUUGUACCUUUCCAGGAUGUGUAAUAGCAAUUUAAUCCCCAUAAUACUACAAAGAAUGUAUAAAAAAAAAAGAAAUUUUUCUUCCAUAAAAUUCUCUAUUGUGGUUAAUUUUUCGUGGUAAAAGGAGUUAAAAGCUGCUGGUGCGGAAGUAUUGCUGAACGUUAUUCCUUUUGUAUAUUUCCAAGCAUUUAAUAAUCUCUAAAAAUGAAUUCUAUGCACUAGUUUUUUGUAACACUUCCACCAGUUUUUUUAUUAUUUUAAUUUGUAGAAUUAAUUUGAGUGAAAAAAGAUUUUUAGAGAAAACAAACCUACAAAACCUCCCAAAAGAAUGCUCCUCAGCAAAACUUUUGCAUCAAUUAAAAAACUCCGAAACCUGUGAAUUCUCUAAAAAAGAAAUUUUAUUAACAAUAAUUCUGUUAAAAUUGUUUUGAAAAAAGAAUGAAAAUUUAAGAAAAUGAAUCUCAAUGUGCGUUAAAUGAUGUUUCUGAUUUUUCUAUUAGAGAAGAAAACACAAAAUCCUAAUUGAAAGGAUGUUUUUAUACUUUUGUAGAAUAAAACUGUGAGGCAAAGGAGGAUAAAAGCAAGAAUAAAAAAAAAAGAAACACAUUUUUUGGAAAAUUCAUUGUGAUAAGCAAUCAUGUUAAAUUCUACGCAGACUUUGCACUUUAUUGCAUCAAGUUGCAGGAAAAAAGGAAGGAGGACAAAGUGAAUUUGUAAGCUAGUUCACAGAAUAAUUUUACUGCACUGAGAAGAAUCUUUUAAAAAAUAUGUUUGUAGUUUUUAUUGAAAGUUUCUAAAUAUUUGUUUAUUUGUUUGUUGACAUUUUGGGCUAAAAAGAGUUUUCUUCAGCCCUCAGGGCGUCAAAAAAUACUUCUGAAGAAUUAUCUUUUUUUCUGAUGCCCUGAAGAAGAUUCUUCUCAAGAUCGAAAUGUCAAAGAAUUUUUAUUUACAAUCAAUUAUUAUUUACUGAAUUUAUCAGAUUGAAAUUUAAAA